AUGAAAGCGAUUCCGCGGAAAAGACCCCUUGAGAGGCCAGCAGGCAUCAACAGGUGUGACUAUGAUACCAUCGAAAGAUGGAAGGCAGACCAGUACAGGUUUCCUCCUUAUCACUACAUGGAGCAGUACGUGAUUUGGGUGAACAACCGCUGGCGUUUGACCAACAGUGCCGAGCGGGAGCGCCUGCUGGGUUAUGGAGAAGGCCACACUAAGGUGUGCAUGAGCGCUUCUGACAUAAAGCGCUCAAAACAAGCUUAUGAGGAUGAACGGCUGUCACUCCUGGGAGAUUCCUUCAGCAUCUUCUCCUUCGUGGUGCCUGCGGCGGCGUUGUGCUUUCGCUUUUUGCCAAAGCUCCACUAUGCCACUUUGGCCAGGACAGCAAGUCGUCAGCUUGGGGUCGUGCUGAAGUUCCUCAACUCGCUGUUGCUGGGAUUUGGAUUGUGGCGUUUCUGCACCAAGACUAGCAGGGCUGAGAGAGUUAAGCAACGACAAAAGGUGAAGCUUCGUGACGCAGGUUUAAGUGAGAACACACAGCAAAGGUACUACUUGGGCCUGCGCCGCUUGGUGCCUACGCUGCUGAAGAGCUCAAGUCUUGCAGACAUGGAUGAGCGUGCUGCUGACUGGGUGCAGGAGCGUUGGGAGAAAGGUGACAGUCAGCACCGCGUCAGCGAUGCAUUGUGUGCGAUGCAUCAUUUUGAACCUUGGGUUCGAGGCAAGCUGCCUCAGGCCUGGAAGCUCUUUGCGGUGUGGCGCAAAUUGGAGUCACCAGAUCGGGCUCCUCCUUUGGUUUUGGACAUCAUUUACGCCUGGGCUCUCUAUGCCAUUGAUCACUUCAAUUGGGACUUUGCGGCAAUGAUCCUUUUGGGCUUCUUUGCUCUCUUGCGGACAGGAGAAUGUCUACAAGUGACAGCAAGAGAUUUACUCAUUGGAGAGAAAUCAGCAGUGGUCAGCUGGCAGCAGCUGGCCCGUGCGGAAGCAGAGAAAGCGGAGUUGCAAGAGUUGGCAGAAGCCUUGACAGCGCAAGUCCAAGCACUCCAGGAACGGCUGAGAUCGGAGGACCAGGAGGUCAGCAUUGGAGCCGUCGCCAGGUGUGAGGAUCUGACCAGACAAAAGGCAGAAUUGGAGAAGGACUCCGGUGCGGCUGGGGCGGUGCUAAGGUAG